AUGUCACCUCUUGAGAGUAUUCUGGGCCCGCUUCGCAAGAAGGGUAACUCGAUGAGGCAGACAGUUCCGAAAUAUUUGCGUCUGGUCCUUGAGCGUCGCACACCAUUAAACCGUGAUGUCCGCGAGUCCGAUCUCCCUUCAUUCAUCCUCGAGCGAGAGUUCCAGUUCUUCCACAAGCUUGUGGCGGGUGUUUAUGGCUGGGAGCAGUUCAUGCUGGUUAUCGACAUCUUCCUUGCUUUUGCCCACAUGACUGCCCCGGUUUAUCUCACCUCUCCGGAAAUUCCUCACUCUGAUCCUCCAUUUCUGAAGUUGGAUUGGUCUCCUUGGCGUAAUAAGGUCGCAGUUAAGAGCAUAGCUACAAGCGCAGCACCAACACCCCAGCUUUUUAAUCGCAACCAAAACAUUCAGAAGAGGCAGGCUAACUUGCAGCUGGAGAAGCUUUAUGCUUCUAAUCGGACAAGAAAGGCUCCGAAGGACAACAAUAUCAUGCAGCUCCUUAAUCGCCCCAAGGAUCCUGAAGCGUUCAACUCCAAUCUCGCUUCUGCUGCGAAACACUCCAAGUUGCCCGACUGGUUUCCUCAUCCGUACCCCGGCUACGAGAACCUCAAGAUCUACGUCUCUUCCUCGACCUUGAAGCCUAAGAAGGCUGCGCAGACCUUUUGGAUGUCACCUUUCGAGAUUUUCCUCUGCGGCAACAAUCCUGAAAUGAUCCUGGCUCAGUGGAAGUUAUUGAUCAUGUUUCGUGGCAAAAUUCUCAAGCACCCUAUCCUCUCCCUCCGUGAUCCCGCGGUCCACCCACUCACCAAGAAAGAAUGGUGUGCCAUCUCUUCCGGUGCCGAGUUCCGGUUCCAGUGGCCAAAGGAGGAAUCCUUCCCCGCCUUCGGCCCUACUCACUACUGGCAUGCGGAUCUCAUUCCGCUUUUCAGCACAGAGGCUACCACUAAUGCCAAGGAGGCGGUUCAUACACUGGGAGAUAGAGCACGGGUCAUCCUGCUGGAUAUGCUCAGCUGUAAUUAUGAGGUGGAUGUAAUUGACUGGGAGAAGGACUGGAAGCUCAAGAUCGGUCUUGCUCUCCUAUUUGCUGAACUCGUAUUAGGAAUGGCCGGUUAUGGACAAUUUCUUUUCUUUUCUUUUAACAUUGGUGAAGGGAAAGCCAACCCGCACUCCUCUGCGGACGACGUGUUACGGUCAUCGUACGUUAGCCACGACCCAGCUCUUUCAUACACCGAACCCCACAACUACCGCCUGGAAAGUGUCACGGAGCAAGCCCCAGGUACCCACGUUGUGACCGCAUCAUCCCCAUCUACACUACUACACCUUUCUAUGCUAUCGGACCCCUCUACCUUUAAAGAACUCGCACAUCUUUUCGCUCAACCCCCCCGAACCUUCAACUCCGCGUUUGGAGCCCGGCGCAUCCAACGCUGGGUAAUCGACAACUUCUUCUCUGGAUCCCCACGCGCAGCCCUCAGGGGCCAAGAACUCUCCAACAGAAACGAACCCCCCAUCUCCUACGAUAACCACCCCAACUUCACUCACUGCUUCUGCCCCAAGCACGUCAUUCACAAACCUCAGUGCCCCUUCUACUCACCACCAACCCCGCCUGAUAUCCCCUCUCCCUCGCCGAGCGCUCAACUUCAAUACCCCCCAAGCCCCAUCCCCGACUCUGACACUGAGCUCCCUGACGACUCUGCCUUCGACCCCAACUUCUCAUUGGACGGGUUCUCCGACAAUCUCAUCCAGACACACUCCCCCACCCCGAGUCGCUACACCACACCCUUCGAGCAACCAACUCGAUCUCUCGUACCCUACUCCCUAUCUCUUUCCUCCUCACCUGAGGAAUCUCCCACAACUCUCUCCCCCUCCUCGUCACCAAUCCAACUCCCCUCUACCUAUACCACCCCGGAUCUCCUUCUCUUCGACUCCCCCCUUCCAUCACCAACAAACUACACCGACUCCGGUCUCCUUGAACCCCUCGACACCGAGAACAUACCAAGCCCAAGGAGUUCAAACAGACGUCUUCGUUCCACGAAGAAACAGAAACCCCUUUCUCUAUCUCCAGCAGAACGGAAACGCAACUACCAACACUACUACGGGAUCAGGGAACCAGAUCUCGCAGGAGUUGCAGCGGCAACGACUUCCCGAACCCUCAUCGAUGAACUCCCUGACUAUCCAGACCACAUGGAACACCGCCUACAACGCCCUCUCCCAAGCAGAACAGGAAAGGAGAGAGCCACAUCCCAGGAGACGGAUACAAAGGAACAGGCACGGAAGGGACUCUUCCAAUUCUACCACUCUAGUGGACGACUCGACGAGAUUGAACACCUUCUCUUCGGUCUUUCAGCCACAACCCUUGACAACCUCGCCGCAGACCACCGCCCCGAGACCCAUUGCAACUGCUCCAUCUGCCUCCGAGCUCGUAACCGCUUGGCAGACCCGACUCCCAACCAACCCCAGGCAUCUACUUCCGGGUCCGGAUCCCCUCCCCUUCCCGAGCUACCCCUCUCUGCAGGCGCCACAGGCUUCGACUACCACAUCAAUCCAGACAACGAUUCCAAUCUCAUUCUCCUUUCGCCCCAGGAGUACCGAGAGGCCGUUGCAGCCGAACACAGAUACUUCGGCUCCUCAGGUCGGAAUAGUAACUCUCUCUGA